AUGGUUCAAACUUUCAACGUACCAUCUUUUGACAAAUUUGACGAAAUUAUUGAUAAAGUUACUAAAGAAAAUAUUGGAAGAAAUAUUUAUGUCUUACUUUUUGAUAUAUCUACGGGAAAAUCUUGGUGUCCGGAUUGUAUAGUAGCUGACCCAUUGAUACGUAAUCAUAUUAGCAAAGAAAUUCGUGGUAAGAAUGUUAUUGUUGAAGUUCCAGUUGGUACAAGAUCCGAAACUCAUUCAAGAAUCCAACUUAAAGCCAUUCCUACUUUAAUUAAAUGGUCUUUCGUUGGCAUUCAUGAAGACAAACGUUUGGUAGAAAAUGAUUGUACAAAUGAUUAUUUAUUGAAUAAGUUCUUUUUGGAAUAA